GGACAUCGACAUAACCGGGUUCCACUGUAUAUAUAUAUUCCGUAUAUAAUAUAUAAUCGUUAAAGACACCUAAUAUAAAGUGGGAUUUAUAAUUACUGUAUUAUAUUAAUAGAGUAUAAAUAAAGGUUUGUGUAUACUGUAUAGCACUGUUAUAAGUGCAACCGGGAAUAGCCAAUCUUCCUGAGUUUUUUAACACCCUUUUACCAUAUUCCCACCUUUAAAACAAACCACACACAAGCCAAACAUGUUGGCGCAAGUCAGUCAACGCUGCCACGUCUUCCGUAAGUUAUCCCUCUAAUAGUAUUUACAGCAGCAGUCCCAGGAAACAGGUGGAUACGUCACAGCAGUUUCAGAUCAGAAGUGAGUGGAGCUUACACAGUCUAUAAAGGAUUUUCUUCAGUCCCUCCUCGUAUUUUCAAUCACACCUUUAAAGUACAGCGAGCAGAGCGGCUUCUCAGGUGACCCUUAGACCCGUGCGAGUGUUCAGCCAUUCAAGUUGUUACAGAUUUGUAAAAUUACACGUAACAACAGCAACAGCUGGCACGGUGUGUGGCACAGGGCCAAUGGAGGCACCUGAGGGGGCACGUCGCACGUUUAUGGAGGUGAUUAGUGAGAAAUACAGCCCAGAGAACUUCCCCUACCGCAGGGGCCCUGGCAUGGGAGUGGUUGUACCGUGUGGCCAUCAGGGAUCUCCUAUGAAAGACCGACUGAACCUGCCCAGUGUGCUGGUCCUGAAUGGCUGUGGAAUUAGCCAUGCAGGGGAUGAAGGAGAGAUCGCAGCUUUUUGUGCUCAUGUUGUUGAACUGGAUUUAUCCCAUAACAAGCUCAAAGACUGGCAUGAGAUCAGUAAGAUUGUUGUGAACAUUCCAAACCUGGACUUCCUGAACCUUAGUUCAAACCCGCUGAGUGAUGCAGAGCUGGAGUCAGACUGUGCUGAAGCCUUAUCCAGAGUGCGCCGCCUCGUUCUCAACAACACUCAGAUUUCCUGGGAUGUUGUUCACACGUUCACACGAGAAAUGCCUGAAUUGGAGGAACUGUUCCUGUGCCUUAAUGAGUACAGCGCUGUGAUUGCGUCUGCUACUCCAUGUCCUUCACUGCGUCUGCUGCACAUUACAGACAACAAUCUGCAGGACUGGAGCGAGGUGCGCAAGUUCGGCACCAUGUUCCCCUCUCUCCACACACUUGUCUUGGCUAACAACCAGCUGAACUCCAUUCUUGAAUCGGAGGACAAUCUUCGUCGUCUCUUUCCUAACUUGCGUAGCAUCAAUCUGCACAACUCGGGUCUCAGUCAGUGGGAAGACAUAGAGAAGUUAAAUUGUCUCCCCAAGCUGGAGGAGGUGAGAUUGCAGGGAAUUCCACUGUUGCAAACCUACACUAACACAGAGAGGCGCAGUCUCAUGAUAGCUCAGUUGCCUUCAGUAAGUUGCCUCAACGGAAGUAUUGUUACAGAGGGGGAACGUGAAGAUGCUGAGAGAUUCUUUAUUCGUCACUACCGGGAUCACACUGAAGGGGAGCUGCCUCGCAGAUACCACUUUUUGGUGACCAAGUAUGGGAAGUUGGCGCCGCUAGCUGAGAUUGACCUGCGGCCACGCUGCCACGCCACGGUAGAAGUGCACUGUGAGGACCGCAUUGAGCAAGUGAACAUCAGGCUGGACCAGACCGUAGCCGAGCUGAAAAAACGGCUGAAAACAGUGGUGCGACUCUCAGCCAAUAACAUGCGCCUCUACUACAUUGACAAGGAUAUGCACUCAACGUUUGGGCCUGAAGAAAUGAAAUAUAACACAAGGGCCUUGCAUUCCUACAGCAUUCAGGAUGGGGACGAGAUCCUAGUGGUACCCAAGACCAAAUGACUGACUGGUACAAUAAUUUGUGUCACUGCGUAGAUACCACAAUAGGUUUGAGACAUGAUUCUAGAACGGCAAGAAAAAAAUCUAGGCUUUUAAGAACUGCCUUGAAUUUCAGAGUCAUUACAUUGGAUUUUGAAGGGCAUCUUGCAGCUCACAUUACUGUUCAGUGAGUGUGCGGAUUUGCUUUUUUUGCCAAGUCGUACAUAUGGCUUUCUUUAUUUAUGUUGCCUUCAACUAUGAAUGGGGUUUUCUCUUAACUGUUGGUAAACACCUGUUUCUUUACAAGGAAAGCACAAAAGAGUUUGCUAAGUCAACAAAAGUGCAUCCUGUGAUCCUUGACAAUCAUCUGCCGCCAGUCAACCAUAUUGUGGCUUUUUGCAGAAGGGAAAAAAGAUGUUACACCCUGUGAUUGUCCUAAGGAAAAAAUAAUGGAUCUAUGUAUAGUGUAAUUCUCAGGCCAUUUCAUUUAACAGUUAUUAGUAAUGUGAUAGUAUAAUACAAAGGGACAAGAUGAAUGUUAAUUUUUUUUUUUUUUGCUGAUUUGUUUAUUUUGUAAUGUUUGCGUUAUGCAUGAAUACACUACAAUUAAGUGUCUAUCCUGCUGGUUUUAUGAAUUAUGAAUAGAUUAUAUAAGUGUCCAGUCUAAUUAGUGGACCUGUGUCUGGAUGUUUUUCUUUUUCCUUUGAGAAUUUAUUCUGUAGUUUCUCAUAUUUGCUUAUAUAAAAAUCAAAGAAAUAUAUGCCAUAAAUAUAUGAAGUACAUAUGUACUAUUUAUCACACAGACACAUUAGGAGCAUAUAUUUUGAUAUAUAUAUAUAUAUAUAUAUAUAUAUAUAUAUAUAUAUAUAUAUAUAUAUAUAUAUAUAUAUAUAUACACACACACAACUGAAUUUUAUUAAAUAUAUUGUCAUGCAAAUGCUACCUCCCAAAGUAUCCAUGCAAUGUAUUUGUAUAAUUUUUUUUCCUUUUAAUUGUUUAUUUUUUAUUGAAUUAAUAGGAGUUAAAGAUUAUAUAUAAAAUGGAUUUAAAAAGUAUAUACAUCUAGGUUAUUAUGCAGUGUUUUUGUGGGAAAAAAAGAAACUUAUCCGAGCUGGUUAUUGUAAUCUAUUUGUCUCUCGUGAAUGUUUUACAUAUUUUCAUAAUCAUAUUUGAUUAAGGGUGGAAAACUUUGGCAUAAAUAAGUUUUUUUUUUUUACAGCACAAAAACAAGCCUGCAUUUUUAACAUGGAUGUGUAGACUUCUUCUAUCCAUUGGACAUCCAUAAGUAAAAUACAAUAUAAAUGAUAUGUCAAGCAGCGUGACUUAGAAAAUCUUAAGUAUAUUUAAUUUUAUGUUGAAUAGAAAAGAUCAAGGUUGUUUAGGAAUGUUUCAGGGUAUAACUGUUUAUUUUAUAUAUAUAUAUAUAUAGAAGUAUAUGCUAAGAAUUAAGUGAAAUGAUAAAAUAUCCAAUGUAUAUUAAUACAAUGUCAGCAUUUGGGCAGCAGAUUUCUAUAAGAAAUAAUUCACAGCAGAACUGUGCUUAAAAAUUAGUAUUACGUUUUAUUGAUGAGGAAUGAAUGUGCACUUAUGGGAUUCAUUUUCCAAACUGAACAUUUUUGCUUCCAGUGCAACUCCUUUACAUUCCCUUAUUGCUGUAUUCUGGUCAUUGAUUACUACAUAGAGAGUAUUCUUUUUGGCAAAUUAGUAGAUCAUUCUCUUAUUGUAUAAAGAUUAUCAUGCUAGAGGUCAGUAAGUUUAUGAUAUAAUUAAACAAGAAAACACUGUGUUUUUAUUAUAAAUGAUGGACACUGCUCUUGUGUCUAUGUAGUCAUUAGACUGUUGGCAAUUCCAAGCUUUGGGGAUACAAGAAGAACUUAUCUUGGAAUUUUAGCUAGAAAUCCCAAAUGCAUAGAAGCAUGGUGAUUUAAUUUUAUUUUGUUCUGCAAAUCAUUUCGUAACAAAGUAAUGUGUGCGGUCAUUUUCUAUACCUUAUAGAUUGCGUAUAGUAGUAUUGCAGUCAGUAGUUGGGUAGAGAAAUAAUUACAUUCAAAUUAAUCUGUACAGCCACAUUAUCAUAUUUGAAGGAUGAAUAAGAGCUAAUUGCUUUAUAAUAUAUUUAAUUAAGGGUCUUGUCCAUAUAAAACAAGUUUCCCUUUGAAUACCUACAGUUAUUUGUUUGGAUUCAGAUGUUAAUCUAGUUCAGCUGUAAGUAAAUAGAUUUAUAAAUGACAUAUAAAAUUGUAUACACAGUUGCCAUAUUUGUUCCCAGUACAUCUAUCUUAAAGCUGGAAGAUAAUAACUAAAAUUCACAUUGAAAGUGUUUAUAGACAGAUAUGACAAUGAACAGCUUGAUCUUGAUCCCUUUAUAAGUGGUUAUGUAUGGGGAAAUGCGAAGGACGCUAUUAGGUUAAUUUUAUUUAUUGCACUUUAAUUGCAUUCAAGCAUUGUUGUGUAUGAUUCAUUUUAUUUAUGAGCAGGAAUCAUUUGUGAAAUUGGUCCAUUUUUACGUUUUGUAAAGAUUUGUUUAAAUGUUCUGUCUUAUUUAUUGAGAAUUUCUUAAAAUCAUGUGUCAUUUGAUUUCACAAUGUUUAAUUUUUGUUCCAUUUUCACCAGAGCCACAUUUAUUUCACCUCUUUUUUGUUGCUAUAGCUUCACCUUGCUUUAUCUAUUGAAAGAGAUUUUUCAUUAUCUGUUGAAUGUAUAUUGUGAAAGGUCUCCAACAAUAUGUCGUAACACCAAAGGCCAGUUGAUUUACUCCUGCCUAUUGAAUGCAUUUAUUCUCUAUCAACAUAAACACUGAAAACUAAAUGGUGUAUCCCUGCAUUAAUUUUCAAAUCAACUGUGACUGGUCUGUAUUUGAUUUCCCACACGUAUUAAUUCAUGUGCAUGUUAAAAUAAUACACUGUUUUAUUCAAUCUGUUUGCAUUGAGCUGUCAGUAAUGUUCUGGGUGAUGAAAGAAUUUCCACUAAAGGUUGAAGGAAAAUAAACAAAAUUCUGAGGGA